AACGCCAUGCUCAAUUUCGACCAAUCCGUGAGUUACGUGUAAUCCCGCAGAGGGUUCACAGGUCAGGGGUUGUCGGGUAGGAGCAAUAUGGCGGCAGGCGGGUGACAUCGGCAAGGAUUUGUCAGGCAGUUAGCAUUUAGGCGUAAUAUCAUUGUGGCGAAAUUAUAAUACCUGGACCAAUUCUAGAAUUAGCAAGUACAUUUAUGGCGCUGUUGUACAGUUUAUUGUGGCGGCUGUUGCUGUUUCUGCUUCACGGUAGAGCGCUAGUGUCCUGGCUCCGUGUAUUGCUUCGGAGCUGGAAGGGGCGGCUGUGGGAGCGGGCAAUGGCUACAUUACUACUCCCAUUGGCCUUAGUUGGGUUCCCGGACCAUCGGAGGAAGUUGGACCACAACUCCGACUUUAAUGGCACUGUCGGAAAUGGAAACUGCGCUCCUCAUCUCCGACACCGGUGGCUGAAUGACGGCCAGUCUUUCGAGAAAUUGCCGAGCCAUAUCGGCUUGUUAGUAAUAGAAGAGGAGCCCAGCUUCACGGAUGUUGCCAACCUGGUUGUGUGGUGUAUGGCUGUUGGUAUAUCCUAUGUCAGCAUCUUCGAUCAUCAUGGUAUUUUCAGGAAGAACAACUCCCGUCUGCUGGAGGUGAUAGUGAUGCAGCAACACCAUCUCCUUGGUACAGAGCGAUCCAAAUAUAAUGUGGAGUUCCUAACCGACUCCGCCGACACAUACCAUAAUAAUGUACUGUCAUGCAGGCCCACAGUGAAGGUGCUGUCUCCAGAUGAUGGAAAGCAGAGUAUUGUUCAGGCUGCACAGCAACUUUGUCUCUCUGUGGAAAAUAAAGAGAGGCAAUCCAAAGACAUCACUGUCUCCUUGCUAGACACAUUGCUUAGAGAAUCAAAGAAUAUUCCGGAUCCAGAGAUGGUUUUGAAAUUUGGUCCUGUUGACAGCACUCUAGGCUUCCUCCCCUGGCACAUCAGACUCACUGAAUUCAUGCAUGACAGGUGGACCACACCCGUAACUUAUCUGCGGGCAUGACUGACCACACUUGUACAUUUUUCAAAUCUCCUUGCCAUCACACAGAAACAUCUCUUAUGAGGACUUAUGGGGUGCCCUGCAGCGGUAUGGCGAAUGUCAGCAACGCCUGGGCCAGUGACGUCCAGGCUGGUCUCAAGUUUAUAACAAAAGAUGAGGUCAGGGGUUCACACGGUCAAGUCAAGGAGGGUAGGGUAAGACCCUUCAUGCCUCUGUGAUGACUUGAACCCCAUCUGUCCCUCACUCAAGGCUUCUCCUGGGUCACUGAGACAGUGGACAAAGGCUGAAGUCAGAACUGGACCGCUCAUUUCCUGCCAACAGCUCUCAUACUACAAUAAACUGAAAUUCCAGGACCUCUGCAACAUGUUCUUUGAGCCAGAGAAAAUAGCUCUUCAUGACACAUACAAACAUGAUGAGAGGACAGUCUGUCCUCAGUCUCCAGCUGCUGUUUACCACCAAGGACUUCACUCAGCAGCUGCAGCAGAUUAAUAUGAAACCAGGCUUUGUGCCACACUGCUGAAAUCUGGCUUAAUUUUAGAGAGAAAUUCAUAAAUAUUCAAAAUAUGAGAGGAAGUAUUUCUGAUACAGAAAGUGAUUCAUUGUGUAAAUAUAAGUUCAUGUGGCUCCGUAUGUGUCCCAGCUCUGUCACUGUGUCAAAGUAUGUUUCUCCAGAUUUAAGGCUCCACAUUGAAUGACCAGGCCUAUGUAAUAAAGAAAUUCACUUUUUUUUUA